AUGCAAAACCCACUUCAAGAUGUUGUCUUGGUACAAAUCUACAGCGGGUCUCGAAACGUUCGCGUCAACGCGUCCACCAAUUCCCGUCUUUUCCCUCCUACACCUGAUCCAUCCACCACAAUGGAGCCAAGAAGCUCCAAGCAUCAUUAUGCCCCCGAGAAGAGGGCUAGAAUUGCAUUAGCAUACGAAUCUGGCAUGUCAAAAAAGGAAAUCAGUGUCAAAGAGGACGUCCCAGUACGUUCAAUCAACGGAAUCGUCGCGCGAUACCGUGUUCAAAAACACGGUCAGAGCCUCCCACGAUGCGGACGCCCGCCAGCCCUUGCUGAGAGGGACAAAAGACGCAUCGCCCGAGUUCUUACCAUUGGCCCUUUCGUAACUGUUGCGGAAUUAAAGAGAGAGGCCGGUCUAGCCUGUUGCUUGACGACACUUGCUUCUUUCCUCGAGAAAGGACGUAUCCAGCGCCUUGAAGCUAUCCAAAAAUCUGAACAACAGCAGCUUGUUGAAGGCAAUGCGCCGCCAAUUGCACCCUCUGUCUGA